GCGAGUGAUCUGCCCAGUCUCGGUUGUCCUCCAUCCUCUGGCGUAAACCGGAUCACGCUAUUGAAACCAUCCAGAAGAAGUAAGUUUGUUGAUGCAGAUUUUGUCUAUCCACCAGAAGAUGACACUGAACGGUGCUUCCACUCACCAAAAGAAGCAAAACAUUCUCCAAGGAAGCCUCGUGCUAACUUUUCUAGUGAAGCUCCCAAAGAAGAAACCGGUUCUUUCAGACAAAAGUUGUCCAGGUCAACCUACAGGGAGAACAUCGAUAAGCGCAUUUCACCCACUAGGAUUGUUGUCUUGAAACCAUGGCUUGAUAAAAAUCUGAACAUGGAAGGGGCAUUUCCAAUAACCAAUGACAUGUUCUGCUCCAGUUACAGAAGGUCCGAAGCAUGCGUAGAUGAUGGUACAAGGCAGUAUGCAGAGGAAUCCGUGCCUCAGACCUCUGCAGCAUAUUCCGAUGCACGGCGCCAAAGAGGUAAGGGGUCCAGAGAAAUUGCUCGAGAGGUUUCGACACAAAUGAAGACAGCUGCUGUCAGGGGAGAUGCAAAUGGAAAACAGAAACUCAGUCUAGAUAUUGGGACAUCCAACCGGGAUGAACAGGUGUCUUUGUUGACAUCCAUGACCAAGCUAAAAAGUUCGGCAGCAGUAGAAAGAUCUUCCGGUCUACAUGAUGCUCCAGAUGGUCCUUGCGCAGGGACUUCACCGACACAUUCAGCUAAAAGAUCAAUUAGGAGGGAAGCAAGGAGACGCCUAGCUGACAGAUGGAAGACGACCCAGAAACAUCAACAUCAACAUCCAUCAGAAGAUGCUAAUACUACAUUCAGCACACUUGGGGACAUGCUUGCUCUCUCUGACAAAGAGACCUCAAAGUUUACUUCAGGGGCAGCAGCUUGCCGGCAAUGGCCAGAAGGCGAGUUGCAUCGAGAUGUGAUGCCAGGAUCAUGUGGUUAUCCUCUUGGUAUCAGUAGCAAUGAUGGCUGGAAAGAUGAUAACAUAUGUGGCUUAACAAGGUUGGAGUCUGUUUCUACUUCAUCCAUCAACCAAGGGAGUCCGAAAUCGAGCAGCAGAAAAGCAGGUUGCAUGCAUGGUGAGUAUUCUAUGGCAGAGAACAUCAUCGGAUCAGGGCCAUAUAAUUCUGAAGAUCUGCAUCAGGACAGACCAAGGAGAUCGUUAGUCAGAAGUUCGACAUAUCGCUCUGAUGAAAGCGAUGUGCAGUCUCUGGAUGAAGCGCAAAGUGUGGUGACCGAGCGCGAGAUACAUGUGAAUUUUGAAGAACCAACUUACAGCGGUGCAGUGCCAGAGCUAUCUGAAACUGGAGGAAGACUUGUGCAUGGUGGAAAUUCUGACCAUAGUUUAUGUGGUGAACUACAUGCACCGAAGUGGUCGGACUCUUCCCCGGACCCUGCGCAAGCGGGAGCUACAUGCACCGGGCUAACCUUUAGUUUAUGUGGUGAACACGGUUUAUAUAGCAGUCAUGCAGUUCCAGAGUGGCAGGGGGAGGCUCAGUCUUCUGCACAGAACAUGAUUCUGGACCAAGAGCAGACAUUUGCAAUAGAUGACCAUUUUAUUGUCCCUAGCCCACGAUAUUCUGCAUCUCAGAUUGAGAGGAAUGAGCACGAUCGGUGUGAAGAUAAUCAAGCUCCAUCCGAUCAUCUGACAGAAAUAGUAUCCGUCGUGAGCUCCAACGAAGACGAACAACCGAGUCCGGUGUCUGUCCUCGGAUCUUCGGUGGACGCAGAAGACUGUUGCUCAGGAGGUUUUGAGAAAAUAAGUGCAGACCUUCAAGGGCUCAGGAUGCAACUCCGCCUGCUCAAGAUGGAGGCGACGGACGACGCGGACGACACCGACCUCGCUCUAUUCAGCGACGAUGAAACUGCCGCGAGCUGCGAACUAUCCAACGAAAGCGCACCGACAGCGUCCCGUGCUUUCAAGGACGAAGACGAGAGGGACUUCUCUUAUGUGGCUGAUGUGCUCGCAUUUCUAGCCAACCAGAGUUCUGAGUACGAUCUUCUGCUCAGCGUGCGCUAUCUAUCGUCGGGGUCUCGGGCGUGCGACGACGCGUACGAUGACCUCGAGAGGAAGUACGGUGAGCUCGUCCUGUGGCCGCAACCGGAGAGACGGCUCCUCUUCGACCUGGCGAACGACGUCCUCGUGGAUGUGAUCGCCUGUUUGACACAGUGUAGCAGUCAGGAGUUGGCGAGGAAGUGUGGGCUGGGCAUGGAAUGGGACAGGGAGAGGAUUGUGGAGGAGGUGUGGGAGAGGGUGUGCCGGCAACGGCGCGAGACGGAGUGCUUCCAGGAGGAGAAGCUGAUGGGUGUGGGGUGGCUGGACUGCGAGGAUGUCACCGAUGAGAUGGUGGAAGACAUUGGGAGCAUGCUGGGUGAGGAUCUCCUGGAGGAAGUCAUAGGUGACCUCUAUCUGCUGGAUCUUUUUGGGUAGGGUGGAGGGUUUUUUUCUGCGAUUUUCGCGCACCGGGAAAUAUCAAGAUUUGUGAAAGUAAUGCUCGUGCUUGGUUUAAGAAUGAAAAUUGUUAGUGAGAAGCAAAACUCUGUAGCUUGUUUAUGCCAGCCCAGGUAGACAGGUGGCUGAUGCGAAUGUAAUAUUCCAGUUCCAUGUAUCUAUAUUAUUCUAUAUAUAGGGACGAUAAUCGACGGUAAAGAAUGUAAUUAUUUAUUUAUAUAUAUGGCAGCAGCAGCCAUUUUUUUC